UGUCCUUUCCCCAAGCCCCCUUACACUGCAUUACUGUCUCACGUCCAUCCUUGACUUCACUAGUAGUUGGGUCUGCGGAAGGGUGAGGGGCGGGGAUGACUGCCCCGCGGCGGAAGCCGGAGUCAUCUCUUGGCGGCCUGCCGCAAGGAUUCCUUUGUCUCCCAGUCUCUGUCCUCGGCUGGUCGGCGCCGGGCUUUCAGGUGAAGACUCACAUCCGGCCUAGCCCUGCCCGCCACAGGCCCCGUAGUAUUGCAGGAAAUCCAGGAUUCAGCGCUCCGGAAAAACAGCACACUCAAGUAUCGCGUAGAGACCGCGCACGCGUCAAUCUUACCUUCUGGACACUGCAAUUCCCAUAAGGCCGUGCAGCGUCCUCUGCGCCGCGAAAGUCCAGGAGCUUCUCCGCUCCGAAAGGGUUCGGGAACUCUCGCCGCACUGCAUUAUGGAAUACAUAGUGUAAUAGAAAACGUCUUCGGGUACAAAGUCGCGACCAAGCUCACGUGUUUACCUUGUGCACUCGCAUCGCCCGCCGGGGUGGGGCAUCAAUGAAGAGAAGCUACCGGAUUGCGUCAUAAAACCGCGACCAGACGGGCGGCGCCAUCUUCGAACUUGGACUUCCGGAAGGACUUUGGUUGAGGCAUCGCGACCUCCAGCCCCUGGGCUGCUACAGAAACCAUCAUGCUCCCCACUUCCUUCCCCACAGCGGCAAGAGUGCAUCACCCAUCUCUGCUAACCAAGGGUCUUGCCUUCUUCCCCCACGCGGUGUCCGUAACACGGCAUCCUGUGUCCCGGCUUCGGUGCUGCUUACAUUAAUUACCUCCCUCGACUCUGCGAACCUACAGUCCAGAGUGUGACAACGGAGUGAUUAGCAGUGUUUAGCUGAAUGUUUCAAGCUUCAAAGACACAAGGUUUUUACAAGAGGAGAAGGACUAUUUGUCAAGAAGUGGCAUUGGAGAGGAAUUGAGAAGACACUGAUGCUACUUUCUACCCUGGGGGGUCCCCAACCUCCAGGCCGCGGACCAGUACCAGUCCAGGCCUGUUAGGAACAGGGCCGCACAGCAGGAGGGGCAGCCAUUUUAGGGGGUGCUGAUGGAUACCUACGGGGUCGGCUGUGUUGCCCUGGGGGGUGCCGGCCCCGUGGGGAACAUAACUGUAGUAGACUCUCCUGGACAAGAGGUGCUAAACCAACUUGAUGUCAAGACUACUUCAGAAACAACCAGCACAGAGGCUUCCAUAGAGAUGUCUUUACCCACCCCUUUGUCUGGAUUUGAGGAUUCUCUUGAUGAGAAAAAGUUCCUUCCAGAACAGGAAAGCCUUUCUAGACUGGAACAGCAAGAUCUUUCUUCAGAGAUGUCAAAGGUCUCCAAGCCUAGAGCCUCAAAGCCUGGCCGGAAGAGAGGUGGUAGGACACGGAAAGGCCCCAAAGGGCCCCAACAACCUAAUCCUCCAACAGCCCCUCUGGUUCCUGGUCACCUGGAUCAAGCCAGCCCUCUCUCCACCCCUAUGCCUAAGAAACGAGGUCGAAAGCCCAAGGCAGAGCUGCUACUGCUGAAGCUGUCAAAAGGCCUCGAUCAGCCAGAGUCUCCACCUCCGAAGAGACCUCCUGAGGACUUUGAGACCCCACCUGGGGAACGACCCCGCCGCAGGGCUGCCCAAGUGGCACUUCUGUAUCUUCAGGAACUGGCCGAAGAGCUCUCAACAGCCCUGCCUGCUCCGGUGUCCUGUCCUGAGAGUCCCAAGAUGAGCAGCCCCACCAAACCAAAGAAAACUGGGCAACUGCCAGCCUGUCAGGGGGGAGAAGAAGAGGCUGAUACUGCACAAGAUGAAGACUUUGUUCUGAAGGUUGAGGCUGAAGAUGGAGAAGAAAGUGAGGCCCCGAGUGAGAGCUCAUCUGAACCGGAGCCUGUCGUGCCCCGAAGCACCCCGCGAGGAUCCACGUCAGGGAAGCAGAAGCCACACUGCCGGGGCAUGGCUCCCAAUGGCCUACCAAAUCAUGUCAUGGCUCCUGUUUGGAAGUGCCUGCAUCUCACCAAGGACCUCCGAGAACAGAAGCAUUCAUACUGGGAGUUUGCAGAGUGGAUUCCUUUAGCCUGGAAGUGGCACUUGUUAUCUGAACUUGAGGCAGCACCCUACCUGCCCCAGGAGGAGAAGUCUCCACUGUUUUCUGUACAACGUGAGGGACUUCCUGAAGAUGGCACACUCUAUCGAAUAAACAGAUUUAGUUCCAUCACGGCACACCCAGAGCGCGGGGAUGUGUCCUUCUUCACAGGGGGACCUCUCUGGGCUCUGGACUGGUGCCCAGUGCCAGAGGGGGCGGCGGCCUCGCAGUACGUGGCCCUUUUCUCCAGCCCUGACAUGAAUGAGACACAUGCGCUGAGCCAGCUCCAUUCGGGCCCUGGGCUGCUCCAGCUCUGGGGCCUUGGGACCUUGCAGCAUGAAAGCUGUCCUGGCAACAGAGCUCACUUUGUCUAUGGGAUUGCUUCUGACCAUGGCUGUGUCUGGGACCUUAAGUUCUGCCCCAGUGGAGCAUGGGAACUUCCAGGCACCCCUCGGCAGGCUCCUCUCUUGCCCCGGUUGGGUCUCUUGGCUCUUGCCUGCUCAGACGGGAAGGUGCUGCUGUUCAGUCUGCCUCAUCCCGAGGCCCUGCUGGCUCAUCAGCCCCCAGAUGCAGUGAAGCCCGCCAUCUAUAAGGUACAAUCUGUGGCAACCCUUCAGGUGGGGUCUAUGCAACUGUCAGACCCCUCUGAGUGUGGUCAGUGCCUUAGCCUGGCCUGGAUGCCCACCCGGCCCCACCACCACCUGGCUGCUGGAUACUAUAAUGGCAUGGUGGUUUUCUGGAACCUUCCCACUAACUCACCCCUGCAGCGAAUACAGCUCUCCGAUGGCUCCUUAAAGCUCUACCCCUUCCAGUGUUUCCUAGCCCAUGACCAGGCUGUGCGUAGUCUUCAGUGGUGCAAAGCCAACAGUCAUUUCAUAGUGUCUGCAGGGAGUGACCGGAAAAUCAAAUUCUGGGACCUUCGACGACCUUAUGAACCAAUAAACUCUAUCAAGCGCUUCUUGAGUACAGAGCUGGCCUGGCUGCCCCCCUACAAUGGUGUCACUGUGGCUCAGGACAACUGCUAUGCCUCUUAUGGACUCUGUGGAAUUCAUUAUAUUGAUGCUGGUUACCUUGGUUACAAGGCCUACUUCACUGCUCCUCGAAAAGGCACUGUCUGGAGUCUUUCAGGAUCCGACUGGCUUGGGACAAUAGCCGCAGGAGAUACAUCUGGAGAGCUCAUUGCAGCUAUAUUGCCUGAUAUGGCAUUGAACCCAAUAACUGUCAAGCGACCUGUAGAGCGAAGAUUUCCUAUAUAUAAAGCAGAUCUGAUGCCCUAUCAGGAUAGUCCUGAAGGUCAGGACCACUCUUCUGCUUCAUCUGGGGCCCUCAACCCUCCCAAGGCUCGAACUUAUGCUGAAACUGUCAACCAUCACUACUUGCUCUUUCAAGACACAGAUUUGAGUUCGUUCCACGGUCUGCUCCAUAGAGAACCAAUGCUGCGUAUGCAGGAGGGAGAGGUGCAUUCUCGGCUCUGCCUGGACAGGCUGCCGCUGGAGGCUGUUCAUAAGGUACGUUUCAGCCCAAACUUGGACUCCUAUGGCUGGCUCGUGUCUGGGGGGCAGUCAGGGCUGGUUCGGAUCCAUUUUAUCCGUGGACUCACCUCUCCACUGGGCCACCGUAUGCAGCUUGAGAGCCAAGCCCAGUUCAAUGCUAUGUUUCAACCGUCCUCCCCUAUUGAAGAGCCUGGCUUCUCUCCACCCAGCCAUCGCCUUCUGCCCAGUCCCUAGUUGUGGUCUACACAGGACCCUUGGAAUGUAGUCUGCCAAGUACAAAUGGCCCCCGUGCACAGGCCAUGGGAACUGGGGCCUUCUUGGACAGUGAUGCUGCCAGGCCUUGACCUUUAGACCUGCCUCCCCAGGGCUCCUUAGAUACCUCUCCUUCCAUCAACUUCUGCUGUCAUCACGGCCCCCUGUGGGCAAGGGGGCCUUGCCCUCCACAAACUCUCAAGGCUCUUUAGCCUAAAACUCUGGCUCACAAGAAACACUCAGGCCUGACCUAGGCUUGGGAGUCAAAUUGCUCAUAUUGAGCAUAUUGUGAAAUGGGUAAAGCUAAGUAAAGGUACUGAGUGUUUUUGAGACCACAUGUGAGUGGAUGUUUGGAGAACUGGAAAGGGUAUCUACAUGAAGGCUCCCAGCUUCUUGCUUAGAGUAACCAACAUGCAAGCCCAUGGGGGUGUGGGGAAGAGGUAGUAAUUUAUUGGACUGAAGCUGCUUAUAGUAGUACUUUAACUGAGGAACACCACAAACACACUACCAAUAGAACAGUGGCUCAGAUCUUACUUGGUCCUGCUUAGGAAAUACUCCUAAUCACUGAUCAUCUGACCCUACUUGAACACUCCUAGACAGUCAUGUUUUAAAACAUCUUUUAUAUUCAGUCAGAGUAUCCCUCUAUAAGUUUUACCAUGGGUAUUAGAAAAUCUAGUCAUUCUUCUCUUUGAUUGCCCUUUUAAGUAUUUAAAAUAGCUAUCAUGUG